AUGCUUCCAAAAAACAACAACAAUAACUCAUCCUUCUUUUCAAAUCCAAACCUGAUGCAAUCCACAGGAGACUCCUCAGCUGAAAACAGUGAUGUGAACUUUUAUCAACCCAUUACCAUUCAUGAAAUUAUUGAGAAUUUGAAAAAGGAUCGAUCCGUAGAUGCCUCUCUGUAUAAGAAGGAGAAUACGGCUGAUAUUAUCAGUGAUCGAUUGCAAUCGGGUACAUCCAUUGAAGCACUGCUUGUGAAACCUAAUGUCGAGGGAACCAAUGAUGCUCUCAUUCAUCAAAUUUUGGAAUUGGUCAAUGACCAACAAGGUCUACCAGUCAUUCGAUCGGUUCUAGGUACCACAGUUGUGGAGCCUGGAAAGAUCCGAGUAGUGGUUGUGAACGGUGCCAUUCGCUUGGUAGGUCCAGGUCGUUACAUGAACAUCAAUCCUCGUGGUCACUGGAGUUCCACCUAUAGUAUUGAUUCUGACAGAAUCGAACAUGAAACUUUAAAGAUUGUGAGAGUUCCAAAAGGUUAUUACGGUCUCGCCUCAAACAAUGGUCAACCCUUAAUUCUCGGAGAGGGUGUCCAUGUUCGAAAUUCUAGGUUAUUCAAUUUUGUUGAAUUGAAAGAAAUUAAUCAAGAACAUAUCAAGCAUGGUACUAUUGAUAUUAUGAGAAUUCCACAAGGAAAAUACGGUAUGGUGCUUGAAAAUGGUAUUCCCAAACUCUUAACAGCAGGCUACUAUGUGUCUGAUUCUGUCUUGUUCAAGUAUUGUGGAACUGUGAACAUUAAUGAACCUCAUAUCAAACAUUCAACCAUUCAAAUCAUUAGAAUUCCAAAAUCUUCCAUUGGUUUGAUUGUGGUUGGUACAAAACCAUUGCUCCUUCACGAAGGAAUUUACACGUUCAACGACCAAAAUAUUUCCUUCUUGGGUAUGAAGGAUGCCAAUGAACAAGUAAUUAUCCACAAACCAAUCACCAGAUUUAGAGUUAAGAAUGGUGAGAUUGGUUUAUGUUGGUGGCAAUCAAAGCCUCUCUUUAUUCAAGAUCCUGGAGUCUAUGAAGUGGACAGUAUUGAUUUCGUUUUCGAGCAAUGUGUUCCAAUUUCAUCCAAACUAGUAGCUCUUGGAAGUUCCAUGAGAAUUGUCGUCUACGACGGUGAGAUUGGUAUCACUUACUUGAAAGGAAAGCUUGAUGUGUUACAACCAAACACUUACAUCUUCCACGACAGUGUGUUGCGUACUUUUGAAGGAUAUCUUAGUACCAAACUGAAUACCAUUCCUUUGAUUGAAGAUGGAUCUAAAGAGAACUUCCUUCGUUGCGACACUAAAGAUCUUGUGGAAUUGGGAAUUAAGGCCUCUUGUUCGUAUCGUAUUGGUGAUCCUAAAUUGACACUCACUACGGUUGGUAAGGAACCACAAAUCAUCAGAUUAAUUAAGGAUCAAUCGAUUGCCACCGUACAAGCCAUUGUGAGAAGUACUGCUUUGAAUCAAGUUGCACAAAGUAAGACAGUCAAUGCAGGAAGCCAAUCAAGUCAAAGUGAUAAGGAUGGGCACCCUCAACAACCUACUGCUCCAGUAUUCUUUGAGAAGAUUCAUGAUGAAUUUCUUUCAAAGCUUCAUGAUGAAUUUAAAAAGUGUUACGGUAUUGAAAUUACCAAUAUUAGAAUUGAAGAUAUUCAAAUCAUGAAUCAAGAACUUGCUAAUAAUAUUUCCAAGCAAGCCAUCAUUACUGCUGAAACUGAGACAAAAUUGGCCAACUUGGGAGGACAACGUGAAAUUGAUCUCGCAGCUCAAGAACGUAGCAAUGCCAUUUCCUCCAUUAAAGCCACUGCUGAGGCGUUUAAACUUCGUACUGAAACAGAGGCCAAGAACAAUGCAGCCAUUUUGGAAGCUGAAACUAAGGCUAUGGAAAUUAAAACACUUGCCAAAGCUCGUGCUGAAGCCAUGACGAUUGAGGCAGAAGCUGAAGCAAGAGCCAUUGAAAUUAAGGCCCUUGCCGAGAAGAAGAGAGCUGAAUACCUUUCAAGCACAGAAUUUGGUAAACAAGAUGCUCUCCUCACCAAACAUCACGACAUGGUGGUUCAAGCCAUGAAAGGUAUUCAACAAAUUGUCUAUCUUCCAUCCGAUGCGAAUAUGGGUUGUUUGCCAUUGCAAAUGUUUGGACUCAAGGGAGGAAUUCCAACCUUUGAUUCACUCAUGAAGGAACAACCAAGCACUCCAACAACGAUCAGAAAGUAA